AUGAAUAGCACUGCUUAAGUCUUAUUUUUAAAGGUCGAACAAGGGAAUGUUAAUAAAGUUAUUGAAAUACUCCAACAAUAUCCGAAUUUGAUAGAUCUUGAGAAUACAAAGUCAGGACAAACUUGUUUGACAAUAGCUUGUCGUAAGAAUGAUGGUCCAAUGAUCGAGAAAUUGAUUACACAAGGAGCAGAUAUAAAUAAAACAAAUAGAGUAAUUUAUAAAGGUUGAAAUAGUUAAAUCAAUCUCCAUUGUGGAUCUGUUCAUUUUACAAUUAUCGCAGAACUGCUGAUUUUCUGUUGAACCAUGGUGCUGAUGUAAAUCAGUAGGACAAAGUAUUUAAUUUUGAAUAUUCAAGAAAGGAUUUUCUCCUUUGAUGAUUGCAGCUUAGAGAGGAAAUUUGGAGACAGUGGCAUUAUUAUUGAAUGCGAAAGCUAAUAUCUAACUGUUAAAUAAAGUAUAAUUGUAUUUUAUCAUAUUAUUAUAGAAUCAAGAUACAGUAUUUGAUGUUUGCAAGGACUAUGAUACUCUAUAGUUUAUGAUACAGACAUUGCAAAUAGAGGAAGUCAGAGUGAAAUAACCAGAUAAAUUCAAACCAAAGCAAUAAUCGAAUAUUAAUUCAAUGAAGUCAACUCAAACAAAGUUUACAAAUAAUUCCUAUAGAAGAGAGAAGUCCGAAUCAAUUCCUAACUUAAAUGAAGAAGCCUACACUAUAUAAACUAUGAUCAAUUCUAUUUGUGAGGAGAUGCAACUUAUUUUUAAUGAGAGUAUUCAAAAGUUUAAGGAUUGCAUUUUAAAUAAAGCAAACCUAACCGAAGCAAAGAAGUCAAUUUCAAUGGAAUAUGAAAGGAUUCAGUAAUCCUAACAAAUUGAUGAUAAUAUUCAAUUCCAAUAUGACAAUUUUCAAUACGAGGUUAGUAGAUAAAUUGGCAGAACACUAUAUUCUAUUAUUCAUAAUUUGGACAAGGCCUAAGUGAAAUCCCCUUCUCCUAAGAAUAAGAAGUAUUUAUCGGCAGAACCUUUGAUUGAAGCCACUAUUGAAGAAGAGUAAUCAACUCCAUUGAGUUAGUUUCGGAAUCAAUUAAAGAAGGUAGAAACUCCAUCUUAAGUGAAAGAGCCGUUGAGUAGGGGUAGUGUUAAAGGUGAGAAUGAGCAAUUCAAUAAGAUGAUGACCUAGAAAUUGGAGAUUUUAAAUGAGAUGAUAAAUUCUCGAAUUGGAAAUAGGAAAUAGUGA